CACCUACUCAUUGAUGACAUAAAUUAGUUCAAAUUAUAGUUUUCAUUCAGCAUUUUUUUUAUUUAUUAAUUUACUUUUUGUAUUAUUAACUCGCUACUCUAAAAAGACUAAAUCUGGAGUCCUCAAAGCGGUGGAUAUCAACACCUAAGGAUGGAUGAAUAACCAGGCGGAAGAGGGAAACAUACAAACAGAACAGCAAAUACUGUAUAAUCAAAAAUAAAAAGUGAGACAGCCACAAAGCACCACCUGAACGAUCCCAACCACAAUGACCAGAGAUAAACCUUGUUGUCUGCUGUGGCUGCUGUGUGUUGUGACUGGCAGCCUAGGAAUCUCAGCAGGAUUCCAAGACAACGAUUAUCUUCCUACUCUACCAGAAGACCCUUUGCAGCCAGUGUGGGACGAUCUGGAUACUCUACCAUUAGAGAUUCUCAACGGUUUCAAAGACCAAAUGGACUUUCACACUCGCCAGAUGAAGACCUUGCUGACACAAAUUUUAAACCGUCUCUCGUCUCUGGAAGAUAAGAUGCAACACGAAAUCACGUCCCUACGCGAGGAAAUGGGGGAUUUAGUGACGGAUAGAUUGGUUAACGCCGAAACUAUGAUUCUGGAGGGCUUAUCUAAGUUUUCUAACGCCAUUACUGCCAGCAUGAAGGAAAAAUGUGACAUGGUUGACCAUGCAACUUCCUUCUCUGGAAAGUGGCUGGAGAUCGUGAAUGCGACAGUGAAGGAGGCAACGACCACUUGCUCCACACAGGCAGCGGGUCAGAGAGCAAGCAUGAAUCAAACAGUGUCUAAACUGGAGGCAGUGGCAAUGAGGGUAGAGGAGACGGCAGCGAAGGUGGAGGAGACGGCAGUGAAAAUGGAGGAGACGACAGCGAAUGUGGACGAGACGGUGACGAAGGUGGAGGAGACUACAACGAAGGUGGAAGAAAUGGACACGAAGGUAGAGGAGACGGCAGGGAAUAUGGAGGAGACGGCAACGAAGGUGGAGCUGGCGGCAGCGAAAGUAGAGGAGAUGGUGGCGAAAGUGGAGGAGGCGGCUGCGAAGAGAGAAUCGGCGGUGGAGGUAAAUGUGGAAGAGAGUUUGAGAAAUGGGAACAGGACGCAUCGCGCGACAGAUGGUUACGGAACAGUUAACGCCUUCUACUUGCCUCGGGACUGCUCGGAUAUACACUGGCAGCAGCCCGAAGCCCUGAGUGGGGUGUACCAAACCUUCCCAACUCUUGAUCCUAAGAGAUCCGUGCAAGCGUACUGUGACAUGGGGAGUGUCGGCGCCAAGGAGAAUGGAGGCUGGACGGUUAUACUGCGCAGACAAAACUCAACAUUGGGCCUUGAAAACUUCAACAGGUCGUGGGCGGAGUAUCGUGAAGGCUUUGGCCACAUCGGAGCAGGGGAGUGGUGGUAUGGACUGGCGCCCCUGCACUCAUUAACAUUCCGACAACCCUUUGAGGUGGAAUUCAUCUUGCACGACUUGGAACUAGGAGUGUUCCAAGCCUCCUACACCACCUUUAGGGUUACAAGCGAAGGAAAUAACUUCCGUCUUCUGACAAGUGGCUUUUCUGGCAACGUGUCUUACGACUCUCUUAACUCCAUGCACAACGGGGAGCCCUUCAGCACAUAUGACAAGGAUCUCGACUCAUUUGAAGGAAACUGCGCUUCUAACAACGGCGGUGGAUGGUGGUACAAAAAGUGUCACAGAGCGGCCCUCACAGCCACUUUCCCCACUACCAAGGACCGCAACUCCCGCACUAUCCGCUGGUACAGACCUGAUGGAUGGUUGGUUCUCGAUGAUGUCAUUAUGAAAAUAAGGCCAGCUAAUUAUGGCGAGCGAUUCAACAUUUAUACAGAUGGGGAGUGACUAAUGAAUUGCUAGUGUUGAAAACCACACUGAACAUUUCACUAUAGGAUUUCGAAACUCAUAAAAAAACAAUACUCAUUAUGUUUUAUUAUUAUAUUAACAAUAGAAUUUUAGAAUACUUUCCCUGUAUUUUUUCAUUAAACAAAUGCCUCUCACUUACAGAUGAAAAUGA